CAACAAACCCUAAUAUAAUAUUUUCCAAAGCAGCCGCCUCCCUCUCUCUCUCUCUCCCUUCUCUCUAAAUGGACCAAGAUGUCGUCGGCGAAACCAACCGAUCACCGAACCCCCUCUUCUCCAACCGCCUCACCGGCGCCCCUCUCUCCCAUUUCAGGCGGAAGCAGCAGCCGGCGGAGCAGCCAUAGCCGCCGCCGCCGCUGCUCGAAUCGUUUCCCCCGCUCCGCUCUCCCAUCCCCGGCGAAGACAGCCGUCGACACUGCUCCGACUUUAUCUCCCAGAUCUGCCAUGAGCCACCGGCGAACAGUGCCGCCCCUUUUUUUGCAAUCAAGCCGCCGCAUCUCAUCCUCAAACGCGAAACAGCCAUCAGCGGCCAGCGCCGCUGCCUCCGUCGCGACUCCCCUGGGCGAAUUUCUGCUGUUUCUGCCAUGUUUGCCUCAGCGGAGGUGACGACCAGUGAGGCGCUGAUUAACAACAAUAUAACCGUUCCAAUCCUGUCAAAAAUAUGUGGUAAACAUCGACUUUUACGAUGGAUUCUUAAGAAUCCAUCCAAGGUUCCAUUCCGAGUGGAAUAUGUUACUAGGAUAGCGCAACAAGAUAGUGGAAGUUUAAAUUGUGGUGUAUUUGUAGCUGUUUAUGUUGAGUACCUGAGCGAGGGAUUCGGCAUUCCCUCAUCGGGUAUUGAUGCUCAAUACCAUUGCAUGAGAUAUGCCACUCUUUUGUGCAAGUAUGACUCUGUAAAGGCGGAGAAAUGAUACUUUAAUGAGAAUGACGAUCCACCAAUGCCAAAGAAGAAGCCUGUAGUUUGCAUAUUGAGUAGUUGUUUACUUAUUGGCUAGUUGACUGUUAUAUAGUUUGAUGAUGUUAGUACAUGCUGUUAUUGUUUUUUUUAGAUGUUUUUCAACAUCGUGGAUUCUACCUUACCACCAAUGAUUGCCAUAUGACUAUUCCAGAUUAUGAUAUAUUAUUAUUUUGUUGUACGUUUUUGUUACACU